GGAGGCCACAUGAUACCAAUAUGACUUCUUUACAAACUAAUUCGUUCCCGGCAACCCCCGAACUCCGAUCCGACGGCGGCAGCCAAGUUCAGCAGCCACCGACCCUUCUGUCUCCCUACGACAUGGGACGCUUCUCUCUUUCCCACAGGAUUGUGUUGGCCCCACUCUACAAUUUCACGGCUCAACCGCACGCCGCUCUGUACUAUUCUCAGAGGGCGACCAUGGGCGGUUUCUUGAUCGGAGAAGCCUCUGGAAUCUCUGAAACUGCUCAAGGGUACCCAAACACUCCUGGAAUUUGGAGAACAGAGCAUGUGGAAGCUUGGAAGCCAAUAGUGAAGGCUGUUCAUGACAAAGGUGGCAUCUUCUUCUGUCAGCUGUGGCAUGCUGGAAGAGUUUCCUAUCGUUCUUUUCAGCCAAAUGGUGAUCCUCCAAUAUCGUGUACGGACAAGCCACCAGCGACUGAGAAAGAUAUAUGCGGAAGCACAGUACCGGAAUAUCCCCCUCCUCAGCCACUAACGGCGGAGGGGAUUACUCAAGUGGUCAACGAUUACAGGGUUGCAGCCAGAAAUGCCAUGGAAGCUGGUUUCGACGGAGUUGAGAUUCACGGCGGCAAUGGGUACUUAAUCGAUCAGUUUCUCAAAGACCAAGUGAACGACAGAAGGGAUGAUAAAUAUGGAGGAAGUUUAGAAAACCGCUGCAGAUUUGCUCUGGAAGUAGUGAAUGCUGUGAGUGAAGAGAUCGGCGGGCACCGAGUCGGAAUUCGGCUGUCGCCGUUCGCCAAUUACAAUGACUGCGGCCACUCUGAUCCCGAAGCUCUAGGCGAGUUCAUGUGCAAAUCCUUGAACAGAUAUGGGAUAUUGUAUUGCCACAUGAUCGAGCCGAGGAUGGUAACUCAGUUUGAGAAAAGGGAAGGUGAAGGAAGAAGUUUGUUGGCGAUGAGAAAGGCGUUUAAAGGAACGUUCAUUGUGGCUGGCGGAUACGAGGAGGAGGAGGGAGAGAAAGUGAUUAGAAAUGGCGGUGCUGAUCUUGUUGCUUUUGGGAGGUUGUUUUUGGCGAACCCAGAUUUGCCUAUAAGAUUUGAACUUGGUGCUGCCCUUAACGAGUACGAUCGUAGUACUUUCUACACUCAUGACCCUGUAAUUGGCUACACUGACUAUCCUUUUCUUGAAAUGCAUUGAGAGCCAUUUGGUCAUGAAACAAGAUGAUGGUUUGAUGAU